GGUACUAAGCGGGUGACAAUGGAAGGAGUAAGGAGAUACCAAGGUGGCAGUAUGAGCGUCACUGAGCAGUUGCAGCGAACGCCGCGAGGCCGCCUGAAGUAUGAUCGACAUAGGGUCUGCCUGCAGUCCUUUGAGGACGUUCUGGAUGAGAUUCACUCCGAAAUGGAGUCCCUCCAGGUGCGCGUGGCCGUGCCGCGCUCACCGGCCGACUAUUCCUCACCGCCGAGCUUCGGUCUCGCUUCUUCUGACGACGAGGACAGUAACACGCCUCUGCACCCGCGGGUCACACGCAUGACCUGCCGCGGACCCUGGUCUCCGCGCGCUUCCGGCUCUGUCAGUAAACCCACCCGACAGAGCUUCGCCAGUGUCGGCUCCGUGACGAAAUCUCCAGAUGGGAGGAAUGAGAGUGGGGUAGAGGAAAAGUCUGAGCACAGUGUGGAGAAAGACAAUGAACAGACUGUGCGGAGGAAUAUCGAGACGAGUUUCCAGCGGAGCAGGGAGGAAGAUCAGAGUCCUGAGAGGGGUGUGGAUGAGGAAAAGCAGAAGCAGAGGACCAGCACCCCGCGGCAUGGCUCGACACCCACCCCCUUUACGCCGAGGACUUUCGACAAACUGAUCCACGAUGAGAGGCAGCGACAUCUGGAGCAGGCCAAGGCGGCGGCUCGCGCGCGACUGGCAGCUGCUGAGGAGACGGUGCGCCGUCUGCGUGAGCAGCACGAGCAGCGUCAGCGACAGCUGGCGGUUGAACAGCAGCGGCGCAGUCGUCAGCAGCACGAGCAGCGCACGAUGCAGCGGCAGCGCAGCGAGCAGCAGCUCCGGCAGCAGCAGGAGAGCAUGCGCCAGCAGCAGCAGCUCGAUGCCAAGGACCUCAGUGAGCGGGUCCAAGCGGCCGUGCAGCAGCAGCAGGCAGACGAGGAGGAGCGGCGCCGAAAAUCCGCCGAACAGCGCGCCAACCUCGACCGCAUGGUGGCUGCUCAGAAGGAGAUGCGCUCCAUCGUGUCACAGGUCUUCACCAGCAUCAAGGGCUGCGCGGACAUCUCUCGGCUGCAGGACGGUCCGGCGGCCGGUCAGGUGGAGCGACUAAAGCAGCUGCUCUCCGCCAUGGACCGGCUGUCGACCGCCCCGCCGGCCGAGCUCGAUGUACCCGAGGCCGAGCGGGCGGUCGCGGAGGCCACCGAGCUGGCACGGAAGAUCACCGCUGUUGUCGAUGAGAUCAACGCCGCCGCUCAGGCUGCCAAAGACGCCAAAGCGGCAGCGGCGGCGGCGACCGCAGCGGCAACUGCGGCGGCCGCUGCACAGCCCGUGGCCGCCCCGGUGGCCGCACAACCGAGCACAGGCCCCGGCCAGCUGGGUGACGCCGUGCUGCCGGAGGACAACACCCGCUACGAACAGGUGCAGAAGGCGGCGGCAGAGUUCCGCGCUCAGUUCGCCAGCCUGCUGGCAGACCCGGCGCUCAAAAAGUUCAAGUUUGAUUGCCAGAAAGCGGUGAACACGCCGAUAAACGCCAUCUCGCCUGUAUCGACGGCCCACCUGCGGGACAAGCUGGACAAGCUGCGUCAGCUGCUGAGGGGCCAGCCGGUGGCCGUGGCCGGAGGUCAGGUCAGCGCCGCCUCGCACCCCAACGGAGUCGCCUUCUGUCUCGACCUGGUCGCCAAAAAGUUUGUGUCGGUGCUCUACCACCGCGUCGAGUGA